AUGAUGGAAAACGACUCAUUGAAUGACGAGGAAAACGUUUGGAACCAGGGAUGUCCAUUGACCAGAUUAGAGGAGAUCCUCGUUGGCAGUGUCGAUGGAGAGUCCGAUCCAUGCAACGGCAGUGCAGGCGAGAGUGGAGGCGACAAGGACGGCAGUGUAGAUGGCGUUCAUGGUGGCUUCGGUUGGUUGGAUUGGAUCGAUUGGAUCUUAUUCAAACUGACGAUUUGCUCGGCUUAA